AUGGACUGGCCACGUUGGAAACCGCGCCCCGGUCCCCGCCCCCCUCGCUCCCCCCCUCCUCCGCGCGCGCGCCUCAACACCCGCGCGCCCCACGUGCGCGCAUUCGCCGCCAUGCUCUCCCGGCAGCAGCGCCGCGUGGCUCAGGACAUCAGCCUCCCCGCUCCCCACUUCCUCCACAGCUACACCCACACCAGCAACGGAUUCUCCGCUCUUCUCACCCCGGAACAGCUCCAAAAGCUGAAGAAACACCACCUGGUUGCGGAUAUUCGGCCCAGUGUGUUGAUUAAGAAGCUGACGACCGACUCGCCAAGGUUUCUGAAGCUGCCUGGGUCGCUGUGGAGGGCUGGUGGGGGGAGGAAGAGGGCGGGCGCGGGCGUGGUGAUUGGGGUGGUUGAUACGGGGAUUUGGCCCGAGCACCCUUCGUUUCGGAAGAACGUGAGUUGCUGGUGGGGAGUUGUCUUGCACUUGUGGUGUGGUGAGGAUUCUGUUGGUGCUGCUGUUGUUUGUGAUUCUUACUCACUUAAUCUCUUGCUCACUCUCUUUCGCUCGCUUUCACUCCCUUUCUCGUGCCCUCUGCCUUGCUCUCCCUUCCUCCUUUCUUCCGCCCACCCACCCUACUCCCACCCUCUCAACAGCGCCCAUCCACUUCCACUGCCGUCCCACCUCAUCGGUCCGGCACGUGUGCACACACAUCCGACUUCAAGGGGUGCUCCUCCAAGCUCAUCGGCACGCGCUUCUUCCCUGUCUCCCUCCCUCCCUCCCACCUAUCCACCCCUGCAGCGCUCUUCCUCUCCCACAGACCGCCCACCCCACUGGUCCGGCACGUGUGCGCGCACGUCCGACUUCAAGGGGUGCUCGUCCAAGCUCAUCGGCGCGCGGUUCUUCCUGGCGGGCUUUGCAGCCUCGGGAUUCUCCAUCAGCCCCACGGCAGACUACCUCUCCCCCCGCGACACCAACGGCCACGGCACCUGGUGCGCUGGAGCAGCAGCAGGCAGGCUCGGGGUAAUCGUGCGUCCUCCUCUCCGCACCUCCCCAGGCGCCGCAAGCGGCAUGGCGCCCGGAGCGCACCUCGCGGUGUACAAGGUGUUCUGGCAGGAGGCGCAGUCAGGCGCGCUCUUUGCCACUACCGCCGACGUAGAGAUGGCUGUUGCUGCUGCUGCUGCUGCUGCUGCCGUUUCCUCACUCCCACAACCUGCACUCCCGUUCCCCCGUCCCAUUCUCCCCGCCGUUCCCCCCUCCGACCCCCUUCCCCGCCCCAACAGAGCAGCAGCAGGCAGGCACGGGGUAAUCGUGCGUCCCCCCUGGCGCCCCUCCCCAGGCGCCGCCAGUGGCAUGGCGCCUGGAGCGCACCUCGCGGUGUACAAGGUGUUCUGGCAGGAGGCGCAGUCAGGCGCGCUCUUUGCCACCACCGCCGACGUCGAGGCGGCCGUUGAUGCUGCCGUGGCGGACGGCGUGGAUGUGCUCAGCCUGUCGCUGGGCGCCCUGGAUCCCAGCGCCACUUACUUCACCGACCUCACUUAUCUCUACGCCCACGCAGUCAGUCUCUCUGCCUCUCUGCCUCUCCGACUCGACGACUCUCCAGCUCUCUACUGCUCUGGUGUUCUGUUUGUGCUGUUUUUGAGGCACCGAAGGAAUAGCCUCAGCCUGUCGCUGGGCGCCCUGGAUCCCAGCGCCACGUACUUCACUGACCUCACGUUUCUCUACGCCCACGCGGCAGGCACGGUGGUGGCAUUUGCAGCGGGCAACGAGGGCUUACCAGGAAGCGGCUACGAGAUGUACCGAACAAUCAACAACUUCUCUCCCUUCUACCUCACCGUUGGCGCCGGUGACGAUGCUGCCUGCAGUGGCAGCCAAGCAGCUGAUAUCGCAAAGGCGGUGGUGCUGCUACCUAGCAGCACCGCACCUGCUGCUUCUACUGCUACUGCAGUUGCUCUCAGCAGGCUUAAUGAGAGUGCCUCCUCUGAUGCCACCGCUGCUGCUGCUGCUGCUGCUGCUGCUGCUGGCGGUGCUGGCAUGGGUGGUGAUGAUGGUGCCACUGCUGCUGUUGCUGCUGGCACUAGCAGAAGCAUCCCUAGCAGUCCCGGCACUCCCAGCAAAUCCAGCAGACCAAGCAGCAGGCCAAGCAGGCCUGUGUUUGUUGACUUGUACUCGUUGCCGCUUUUGCGACUGGACACCCGCUCUGCAGCACUGCUCCAUCGUUUCCUACAAGGAACCAGAACCAGAGCUACUGCCGCAAUCAUUGCUUCUAUUCACUCCAUUACCAAAAUGGCUCCCACUGUUCCUUAUUUCUCCUCCACGGGACCUCUAGCUCCUGCUGACGACGCACCCUCGCCGCCCUAUCCCACCAACGACAUCUUAAAGCCCGACAUUCUCGCUCCCGGCGUCAACCUCUGGUCCGCCGCGCCCGGAAAAAGGGGGUUGAUUUUCCGCCGCGCCGCCUUCGUGAGGAUGUCGGGAACGUCCAUGGCGACGCCGCACAUCGCGGGGAUCGCCGCGCUGCUGAUGCAGCGGUGGCCCGCGUGGAGCCCCGCGCAAAUAAUGUCCGCGAUAAUGACGACGGCGAGCACGCGGAAUAAUAAAGGCGGGAAAAUAAGGGGUUCGACAGGGGGACACGCGACCCCGUGGGAGAUAGGCUCGGGUCAGGUGAACCCGCCGAAGCUGCUGGAUCCGGGCCUGACGUACGACAUCACGCUCGGAGAUUUCAAGGAUUUUCUCGCCGGGCAGAAUGAAACAACGGCGAAGCUGGAAUGGCCGUCCGAUACGCUGACACCGACACCAGCUUACAAUCUCAAUAGGCCGUCCAUUUCCGUAAGUCGUUUGUCUGGUUCGGUAACUGUUACACGGUAUGUUACCAGUGUAUACUCGGAAACAACAGUCUACACCGCUGUUGUGGAAGCACCAGCUGGUGUUUCUAUAAAUGUGGACCCUGGGGACUUCACUAUUGCAGCAGGGGAGACAGUUUCUUAUAAGGUGUACAUUCAGAACUCCUCAAUCGCGGACCUUCCUAACGCGUAUACCACUGCCGCCCACCACAUUUGGUGUGCCGCCAGUAGUUGCGCGCCUCGCGUCGUCGUCAGAGCCGUUAGCUUCUGCAAGUUCCCCUUAUCGCGAAUCUCCGUCGCGGUUCGGUGUAACUGCCGCCAGCACAGUUCCUCGGAUCUCCUUGCUCUCUCUGACGCGCACCUGCUGCAGCAGUGCGACGUGGACACGUACAGGGCGUCAGGGCCUGGGGGCCAGCACCGCAACAAGACAGAGUCCGCCGUCCGCAUCCGGCACAAGCCGACCGGCUGUGUGGCUCAGUCAUGUGAGCAGCGGUCACAGCACAUGAACAAAGCCACGGCUCUGGUUCGCCUUCGCCAGGCCAUUGCCCUCACAGUGCGCACGCCCAUCCAUCUGCCGUCCUACGAGCCAUCGCUUGACCUCCUCCGUAUCUUACCUCGCUCUGCCUCCAAGCCUUCCAAGCCCCAGCAGCAAAAGCAGCAGCAGCAGCCCUCUGAGGCCAACGCUGCCACUGCAGCCACCUCAACCCUGGCAGAAGGAGGGUCUGUUGGCGGGGAUAACGCUGCUGCCAGUAGCAGUGGUGGUGGUGGCACUGGCGGUGGUGCUGGUGCGAGUUGGAGUGGGAGUGGGAGCAAGGCAGCAGCAGCGGCGAGGAAGGUGAAGGAUCGCAUUGGGCCGAACCAUGCUGAUUUCCACAAGGUGAGUGAUGAUACUCCCUCAACCCUCACAACAACCGAGUUGUGGGACAUCUCAAAACAAGCCGCCACCCUCGGUAUUUCCACAGGCGCUCUCUCCAAGCUGUUGUUAUCUGACCGGGGCCUCUUGCAGCGAGCCAAUGAGCUGAGAGCUGCCAAGGGAUUGAAGCCUCUCCGGUGA